AUGAUUUGCAGUGUCCACCAGGUUCACCACGUUCACCAGUUACAAUACUUAGGAAAAAAUGAAAUGUGCCAAGCAACCAUUUCACCAGGAGGUGCUGGUGGCCCGAAAUUGCUAGAUGGAAUCCUAUCUGGUCCUAGUGAACCUUUGGAUCCACAAAGCCCUUGUGAUCUUGGUGGACCGAAAUUACUAGAUGGAAUCCUAUCUGGUCCUAGUGAACCUUUGGAUCCACAAAGCCCUUGUGAUCUUGGUGGACCGAAAUUACUAGAUGGAAUCCUAUCUGGUCCUAGUGAACCUUUGGGUCCACAAAGCCCUUGUGAUCUUGGUGGACCGAAAUUACUAGAUGGAAUCCUAUCUGGUCCUAGUGAACCUUUGGAUCCACAAAGCCCUUGUGAUCUUGGUGGACCGAAAUUACUAGAUGGAAUCCUAUCUGGUCCUAGUGAACCUUUGGAUCCACAAAGCCCUUGUGAUCUUGGUGGCCCAAAAUUACUAGAUGGAAUCCUAUCUGGUCCUAGUGAACCUUUGGGUCCACAAAGCCCUUGUGAUCUUGGUGGCCCAAAAUUACUAGAUGGAAUCCUAUCUGGUCCUAGUGAACCUUUGGAUCCACAAAGCCCUUGUGAUCUUGGUGGCCCGAAAUUACUAGAUGGAAUCCUAUUUGGUCCUAGUGAACCUUUGGGUACACAAAGCCCUUGUGAUCUUGGUAGCCCGAAAUUACUAGGUGGAAUCCUAUCUGGUCCUGGUGAACCUUUGGAUCCACGAGAUCCUUGUGAUCCUGGUAGACCUUUGAUUCCUCUUCCACGAUUGUAUCAUCACCAGGUAGAUUCAUAA